AUGACUAUCUCGACGCUUUUGUACCUGCACAAGGCCGGUUCUCCUGACUCUCCCGCCUCUCCCGCCUCUCCCGUCGGGCGCAGCAGUACCAUCUCUACCGCUUUCCACAAGCUCGCCGCUCUCGCACACAAAGUCCUCCGCCUCAAGCCGUACCGCAACCGCAACCGCAACCGCAAGAGCAAGAGCAAGAGCAAGAAGUCGCGCUUCCCCUCUGCAGUCGCCUCGUCCCCAGCUAUCAUCAGGUUUUCUCCUAUCGACGACGACGACAGGAUCACACAGCAUCACCCGGUCGAUGAGGAUGAGGACCCCUACACUACCUACGACCUCCUCGCUGAGCCGGUCUUUUACGACGACGACGAUGACAACGAUAACGAAGACGAAGACAAGUCGGAAACCGGAAUCAGAAAGAGCUCGCUCGAUUCCAAUAGCACGUCAAAAAAUGGCCUCCGCAAAUCCUCGCUCGAUUCCAGCAGCACGUACUAUUCUGCGCGCAGCUUUGUUAGCACCGGUUGCUACAACUAUCAGUUCGAGUCGCUCACUCGAGAAAAUAAGAUCGAGAUGUUAAGGGUCUCGAAAGUUGAAGUUGGAGCCAGUUGGCGGAGUUGA